AUGGCGGACACUGCCUCGAAGCAUCGAGCUGAGUUUGCCUUUGCUCAGCUUGAGAACGAGAGAUCUCUGACAUCUCUUCGUGACGAGCUAAGGGUAGCUCGUGGGAUUGUUGAUCGGUCUCGGGAUGAGAUAGUUGCUCUUCAGACCCUUGUUGAUGCCCACCAUCGGGAGCACAAGGCUCUCUGCGAGAUGUUUGAGCGCAAGGGCGUUCUUCAUCGGAAGAAGCAGCGUACUGAUGGUACGGCUUAA